CCUCUCCGCCUACAUCCACUCUCCUCCUCCGGGCGCCCUGUCCCCGGGAUCAGCGCCUCUUCCCCGGCUCGGAACACCCCCGCGGCUCGUUGCGCAGGGACCAUGGCCUUUUAGCCUGUGGACCGCGCGUUUAUAUUAGAUUAGAUUUGGUUUUUACUCGCGGCGGAGUGGACUCGCCAUGGCUCCUCUCUCUUCGCUCCACCUGCUCCUGCUCCUCGCCUUUUCUCACCGUCACCUCCUGGUUUCUGCAGACCGAAGAUUUGGUUGCCUGUUUGACACUGAGCUGUGUUCUUCACACGAGAUCUGCAUCAACGAUGGGAUGUUCGGCAGGUGUCACCGGCGCCCCCUACAGGACCUCUUCUCCUACGACGUGUCUCCUUCGGUGGUGCAGAGGUUCAGGCUGCUUUUGCAGAAAUUGUCGAGUCGAGGUUUGACAUGGGAGGACGACAUCACUCAGAAAAUCCUGUCUAAAGAACUGUCCAAACUGAGGAGAAUCCCUUUAAGACCCCAGCCUGGACCAGGAUCUGGACCAGGACCCGAGCCGGUCUACAGCCCUGAAGGCCGGCCUCAGGCUCUGGACCCAGUGGAGCAGAGGGUGGAGCCGGUGGAGCAGGAGCUAAGGAGGAACCUGCAGAUGUAUCUCCAGAGAGUGGGACUUCUGCCCAAAGCCUCUGCUGCUGCUGCUGCGGUCAGUGGGAAGCUCAGUCGCCUCCAGCCAUCCACCGCAGUGAAGCCUCCUUUCCCCCAGAAACUCUCUCAGGAUGCAGAUGAACGCCUCCUGGUGGACACUCUGAGGCAGCUGCUCUCCUCCAGUAUGUCCCAGACCGGAGGAGGGGGCAGAGAGACUCCAGCAGCCCGCCCCCGGCCCUCCUUCAGUGGGAGCAGAACAGGAGCGCGGGACCCUCUUAGCUCUGUGGACGAGCGUUUCAUCGAGAGUGUUUUGAGAAACAUCUGGAGAGAGCAUGUGGACGUGGACUCUCUCUCUCAACACGAUGUAGACCAGCUCUCCACCUUCAUCACAGACGCUCUGCAGGUGGUAGACCGGGACCAGGGCCGAAAGCAAGACAGGGAUCUGAGCCAGGAUCUGAGCCAGGGACCAUCCGAGGCCCAGGGAGGACAGACCGCACCCGGGCUCAGAGAGGUGGAGCCGGAGGAUGGAGAAGAAUCACCAAAAGGCACCCCAAAAACACCAACCAUACAAGAAGACCGCCGCUCUGAUGACCAGAAGCUGAGUGUGAAGCCUGAAGGAGAGCAGCUGUUGAACAAGCUCCUGACCUACCUGGACAAGACCUCAGUCCUGGACUCAGACCGAUCCAGACCCGCUCCUAAACCCGGUCUGAACGCUGGCUCUCCUGUGGACUCUGUGAACUCUGUGGACUCCUCUUUGGGCUCCUCUUUGGGGGGUCGGGUCGUGGGUUUGGAGAGCGUUCAGAGCAGGACCAGAGAAGGGACAGUGUCUGUGCAGAAGAAGGACACCAGAGCUCAGUCUGUGGAGGAGCUGUCCGAGGUGCUGGGCUGGGUGAAGGAGGUCCAACCUGCUCCUGCUGCUGUGCUCUAUGGAAAACCUCAAGGUGGACCACGAGGAGAACCACGAGGAGGCCUUCAAGGAGAACCACGAGGGAAAGCAGUCCAGGUCCCAGAGCUUGAGCUGGACGUGAGGACCAACCGCAGGAAACCAGACAAGGACGAGUUUGGCUAUGUCAUCACUGACACUGAUGGUCUACAGACAGAUGAAGGGCUGCACCUGAUGGAGGUCCUGGCUCACAUGUCAAACAUCCACAUGGCAAACUUUGCAGAGCUCUCAGUGGUGGGGCCUGCGGUGACCUUCAAAGUGAGUCCAAACCAGCAGAACGUAUCUACAGCAGACGUGGCCCGAGUCGCAGUGGACCAGAAGGACACUCUGGAGCGGGAGACGAAGUUUAAGAUCCUGGAGGCUGGAGUCGCAGAUGAGACCCAGAUAAACCAGAUUCCCACUAAGUACAGUCAGGCUGAGUCGACUAAGUUCCUGGUCCUGACGGUCGUGUCCAUCCUGUGCAUUAUCCUGGUUCUCCUGGGCUCUACUGUGAUCUACUGUCUGAGGAACCGCUCCCACCACAAACUCAAGGAGAAGCUCAGCACUCUGGGACAGGAGAGCAGCGCCGACCCCACCUCCACCUACCAGGAGCUGUGUCGCCAGCGCAUGUCAGUCAAACCCUCAGAGCGCUCGGAGCCCUUGUCUUCUCGCAUAAAUAGUGUGUCGUCUCAGUUCUCCGAUGCAGCAGCAGGUCUGAGCAGUCCCUCGGGUCGGGCCAGUCUCUCCUCAUGGAGCGAAGAACCAGCCGCCUCCAGCCUGGACAUCUCCACUGGUCACAUGAUCUUGGCGUACAUGGAGGACCACCUAAAGAAUAAGGACCGUUUGGAGCAGGAGUGGGAGGCUCUGUGUGCAUACCAGGCUGAGCCCAACAGCGCCACCAUUGGGCUUAAGGAUGGAAAUGCCAAGAAGAACCGCUCGGCCGCUGUAGUAGCGUAUGAUCACUCCAGAAUCACGCUGAAAGUGGAGAACAGCCAGGCCAACUCCGACUACAUCAACGCCAGCCCCAUCAUGGACCACGACCCCAGGAGCCCCGCCUACAUCGCCACCCAAGGCCCCCUGCCCUCCACUGUGGCCGACUUCUGGCAGAUGGUGUGGGAGAAUGGAUGUGUGGUCAUUGUUAUGCUCACUCCUCUGGUGGAGAGCGGCGUCAAACAGUGUUACCACUACUGGCCUGACGAGGGAUCCAACCUGUAUCACAUCUAUGAGGUGAACCUGGUGUCCGAGCACAUCUGGUGUGAUGACUUCCUGGUUCGGAGCUUCUACUUGAAGAACAUGCAAACCAACGAGACACGCACCGUCACGCAGUUCCACUUCCUGACCUGGCUGAGCUCAGGGGCACCAGACAACAGCCGCACGCUGCUCGACUUCCGCAGGAAAGUGAACAAAUGUUACCGCGGCCGCUCCUGCCCCAUCAUCGUGCACUGCAGUGACGGAGCGGGCAGGACUGGCACCUACAUCCUCAUCGACAUGGUCCUCAACAAGAUGGCAAAAGGAGCCAAGGAAAUUGACAUCGCAGCGACACUGGAGCAUCUGAGGGACCAGAGACCAGGGAUGGUCCAGACUAAGGACCAGUUUGAGUUCGCCUUGACGACGGUUGCCGAGGAGGUGAACGCCAUCUUGAAAGCCCUGCCGCAGUAGAAGAGAGACCCCAUUUGACCUCUGACCCUGUGGACCCCUGCUGUGUCUGGGUCUUUGCUUUGUCGGCCAUUUUGUGUCUGUCCCUCUCCAGUUUCCCUUGGUCUGUGCAUUACGUCAUUGUCCAAUUUUUACUGUUCAUCAGAUUUAAGUGCAAUUUUUGGUUUUCAUUUUGACAUAAUUAUGAUAAUUAUGAGGACUUUACACUGUACAAGUGCUGGACCUACAGAAAUAUUGUGAGAGAACAUCCUCAAGUGUUUUAAGUGUUCACUGUUGCCCCUGACGCACAAAACUACACUGUAAAAAUAUUGUUCACAUGAGUUAAAAUGACUUGAAUUCACCAGAGUCCAGUCAACUUAGUUAGAAUAGUUCAGAGUCAUUUAGAGAUUUCGUCUAUCCAUGGGUUUCAGAGUGAUGAAAAUCACUUGUUAAUUGCCAUAGCAAUUAACAAUUCAAAUAUUACAUCUCAAAAUAUCACAUAUAAACAGGGAGUUGAAGCUCAUGAAUAGAUUGCAGAGACAACUUAAAGUUGCGCCAUGUAACUUUUCUCUUGGUUCAAUAAUUAAACCAAAUCUACAGAAGUCAAACUGACAAACAGCAUUAUGAAUCGCCCUGUCGUUUUAACCACUGUAAAUGUAUUUUUGUAGUUUUGUGCAAAUCCAAAAACUCUUAAAAUAUGUAUUUCUGAUCUUAUAUUUUGUUGUACACUUUGAGAUGCAGUGUGAUUAGCUUAGCGGCUAACUGUCCAUUCUAAACACAUCUAUGAGAUAUGACUUGAGUACACUUGUGUUUCUGUAUUGAUGCUUCAGUAGCAGUUGUAUGUAGCAUUUCUGGCUGCACUGCACAUGUUCAAAUGGCAUUGAAUAUUCUAUCUAUUUUAAAUAUAUUUAGUGACACGUUUUAGACUCGGGAUGUGGGGUCACCUCUUCUGCUUUUUGAAUGAAACAGUAAAAGUUCAAAAUUAUGGCAAAAUGAUUGGUCUGUAUAAUGCUCCGCCCACAAGCCUACGUCUCUCCACGCUCCCACACAACAAUCCUCCAUAAAUAUACAAAAACUGAACACAAAACUGUACUCUACAACUUCACAAACCUGAUGCGAUGUGCAGUAGUUUCAGAAGCGGAAUGCACUCUGAUUGUUUUGUGAUAGUGCUCUGAAGGGGGAGUGACUUAGCGCAGAGAACAUGUAAAUAUGUUAUGUGUCAACACUUAUAGAAGUAAAAUACCCCCUCCUUAAGGAACCUGCAUUUAAAGUGAAUGGCCUUCAAAAACAUAGAGGAGCACUUCUGGAUGACCACCUGGUGAUGUCACCAGGUGGAAGAGCGUGUUUGUACAUCAGAGCAGAGCAGGUGACCUUCAAAAGUACUUUUGUUUAUUUGUUUAUUGAAUCUACAUUUGGACAGUUCUUUAAAUUAUGUUAUUGUAGAUCAGAUUUGCAUUGUUUUGUAUGGACAUUCCUCUGUCUCUGCAUGCACCCACCUCCCUCUCUCUCUUCCUCCUUUCUCCUCUCUCUGUCAUUCUCCUCUCUCUCUCAUUCUCCUCUCUCUCAUUCUGUCUCUCACUCUCCUCUCUCUCUCUCUCUCUCUGUCUCUCUCUCUCACUUUCCUCCCUCAUUCUGUUUCUCAUUUUCCUCUCUCUCUCAUUCUCCUCUCUCUCUCAUUCUGUCUCUCAUUCUCCUCUCUCUCUCAUUCUGUCUCUCAUUCUCCUCUCUCUCAUUCUGUCUCUCAUUCUCCUCUCUCUCAUUCUGUCUCACUCUCCUCUUCCUCUCUCCCUGUGUCACUCUCUUCUUCCUUUCUCAUUCUCUCUCUCGCUCUCUCCUCUCCCUCUUUCAUUCUGUCUCUCUCUUUCCUCUCCCUCUCUCGCUCCUCUCCCUCUCUCCCUUCUUCUCCCCGUGUCCCACUCUCCCUCGUUCAUUCUGGCCCGGUCUCAUCUAUCUCCCUCGCUCUUUCUUGUAUUUCCUCUUAAAUGUUUUGGAUCUGAGUCCGAACACGUUUUAAAUCCUGUGAGAUUCUGAUGAAAGAAAAACCGACGCAGUGGAAAUGAUGCAACUCUGCAGCAAAACAUGUCAUUUUAUCCACUGCAAAAACGCUGGAAAAGAUCUCUAAAAACACAGCAAAAACACCCAAAAAACAGGGUAAAAACUCUCUAAAAACAUCACCUAGAGGCUGUUUAAAUGACUCCAGUUCAGAAUAUUAUUGGUAAAGUCUCUGUGCUUGAUUUUUACUGCGUUAAAAACUUUAAAAACAGAACUAGCUCAUUUUAAACAGUUUGCAGUGGUCCAAAGUUAUCCUACGCUCACCUUAUACAUUCUGAACAUCCUAAUUAUUCACCAUGAUGAGUUUAUAAGCGCUUUUCACAACUUUUAGAGACCAGAGCGGAGCUUUGCUAACAACAACUAAUUAAUGUACGAUAUAAGACUUUAUGAUUAGAUGCAGACAGCGCACAGAGGACUUGACAUCGACAGCUACUCAUGUAAAAUAUCUGUACUGGGGCAAAUACUCUAAUACUCUAAUACUGUCGUAACGGGUGUGUGUGGCGGACCAAAGGAUGCAGACUCGGGGAAUAUUUACAGGAUUUAUUGUAAGAAUAGGACAAUGUACAACCAGUGGGUGAUCCGGAGGUGAGCAGGUGAACAGGAAACACAGGGACCGAGGACAUGAAGGGACGAUGGGAAGACAGGCAGACCAGACGGGCGUAGGGCAGAGCGGGCAGGAGACAUCCCGGGCCGGAGCACGACAGGAACGUGGACAUGCAGUGACACGACAAUGAUGAAGAGAACACGACAAUGAUCCCGCGCUGAGUCUCUUCUCCCAGCUCCCUUUAUGUGCAGCAGGUGAGUUGAUUGCACUGAUGGGCUGCAGGUGUGCACAGGAGCCAGGAGCCCAGCCCAGAUCUGGCAGGUGAGGGAGGGAAAGAGCAGGACAGGAGGAAAACCAGGAGUGGACAGUGCGGAUCAUGACAAAUACCCUUUAAAUAGAACAUAUGUAUUGUUAAGAGAUGAAAGUCCAGUCUAACUUCUGAAGUCGAUGUAAACCUGUAAAAACUCAAACAAAGAAGAAAUAUUCAGAACUAAAGUGAUUUAAACUCAGAUGUGUUUUUGCAGUGUGAUUUGAGCUUGUGAAUUUGUCUCAACUCGAGAACAAAAUGCUGUAAAGAGAGUUCUCUCAUUAAACCGCUGUGCUCAGAAUCUGUCUGUGUAAAUAUGAAAAAUAUUUUUGUUCUAUUGGUGUAAAACAGAAUAAAUCUAUUGUUGAAGCA